CUGUUCUCAAGACUCUCAAGCAAUCUCUAUCCCUCUUUCUUCUUUUUCGCUAAACCGCUCGCUCGCUGGAUCGCUUCACCAUGGACGUGGGCGUGCAUUGUCCGCUCUCUUCAUGUCUCACCUUGACAUUUCUGCCCAUUUCGUGUCCUUACUGUCGCAAAAAGUUCUGCGAGUCGCACUUCUUGCCAUCGCAACACGCCUGCUCAGCUCCUGGAUCCUCUUCCAAGCAUCUCAGCGACUCUGAGCUGGUCCGGCUCGUGGCUAGGGCGAACCCGGGAACGGAUAGGACGCCUUGUCAAUCGAAGGGAUGCAAAGGGAAGAGCUUGCAGGUUGGCAAGCAGGGGAUGGGUAUUAGCGUAGCGGAGGGAAGCAGCGCGGGAGUUAGCCAUGCUGCGCCGAGGUGCGAAAGAUGCGGAGGUCUCUUCUGCAUGAAACAUCGAUCGGCCAUCUCUCACAAGUGCACAGUACUAGCUCCAAUCACCGAGGGAAAGGCGCGCCUGCAAGCAGCGGACGAACGCAAAAGAAGAGCGCAAGAGAUUUUGGCCAAGAACUUCCCAGGCCGGUCGACGGGUGCAAGUGUCAAGAGCGGCGGGCCGGCAUUCAAGGCACAGGCCGCAGUGGUGACAUCAGAAGGAGUGCCGAUGGGCAAAGACACGCCGUCAUCAAGCCAAUCUGGGGGUUCACAAGCAGGGCUUGGAAAGGACGUCAGUGAGGAGCAGUUGCAGUCUCUCGAAACUGGUAUCACGCCGACGGAGCCUGGAGAAGACGGUGCACACUUUCCUCAGAGAUAAGCUCGCAAGUGAUGGCUAGUAGAGGCAUCUAUUUGGCACCGAGACCACCUUGCGCUUUGUUCAAGACGAACGCUGCUCGUGGUGUGGAUCGAUUUUACUC